AGUCGUGGCUGGAAAGCGCGCAGUGUUCGGUGCGGUCGUGUACGGUUCGCACGCGGUUUUGUUGUCGCGCUGAGUGUGGGUGGUGCAUGCAAGCGGAACGCGGGACAACGGCGGAACGGUGCCAACGGUCGUUAGACAAAUACUCAUCGCACGCGACCGUCCCAGCGACGAUCUCGUCGCGCGAGCAGAACCAGUCUCGUUGACAACGGUAGGCGAAUCUGCGCCCGCGCGCGCGCGCGUGACGACGAGAUGUCCUUCUCCAAGGCGAGGAUACAGCGGUUCAACGAAUUUGCAAGUGAUGCGCCUCCACCAGGAGCUUACGACCCGAAAUUCGAAAAUAAAGUGAAAGUACCCAUUAUUGAGAAAUCUGAUAGGUUUAUAGAUAGCAGAAGCUCAAGCAGCGCAGAAUGCAAUGCAUCAGUUACAUCAUUAAAGAGCAAUGGACCGGCUCCUAUUUUCCGAGUGCCUCAACCGCCGGUGAAGCGGUUAAUCACGAAACCGAUGGGAGCGAAUUAUCCAAAAUUAAAAACUCUGCAACCUUCAAUAAAAAAACGAAACAUAAAAUACGAAUCUAAUCAGGAGCUCGCGGAUCUUCAAGUAGAAUGUUCGAACAAGGAUAAGACUAUACAGGAACACGAGAAACACAUCGAGGAAAUGAAAGACGAGAUGCGGAAAUUAGAAGGCGAACUGGAGGAGCUGCGUAAGAAACAAAUUGAAAUAGAAACGCAACAUAUGAAAGAUAUUGAAACAAUGGCUAAAUUGCAGCAGGAAGUAAUAAACAGUCAUGAUGACAAGCAUCAAGCAGAAAUGCAGACGCUUCGCUCUCAAUUAUUAGAAAUAACUAAGGAAAAAGAACGAGAGAUUUCAACGCGAAAGGCAAUGGAAAUGGAUCUCAGAAAUCGUGCGGCCGAGCUAUCGAAAGGCAUAACAACAUUGGAAAUUGAAUUGCAGGCCAAAAAAGAAGAGAAUAGAGCUAAGAUUGAAGCUCUUGAAACGCAGAUCGGAGAGUUGUUAAAUAAAUUGGAAACAGUAAAACGGGAUCGUGAUGUCGAAAUAGAAUUAUUACAGAAAGAAAAAUGUCAACUCGAUGUCUGUGUCGCGAAUUUAACUGAGGAACAAUCUAAUCUUAAAUCUACAUUGGAAAUGAAGCAGAACGAAAUUUCAAAACUUGAAGCUGAAUUGUCUACUCUGCAGUACAAAUCACGCGAACUUAAAGAGCAAUAUGGAGAGCUUGCCGAUAGUUACGUUCAUAAAAUUUCCGAUAUUACUGAUAAACAUGAGGAAGAGAUUAAACAUUUGAAAGAUGACUUUUUGAAAGAAAAAGAAGACCUCUUAACACAAAAUGAAUUUUAUAAGGAACGUGCAUCAAAGAUGGAAACCAAGGCGAAUGAAAUGGAAGAAAUGAACUGUUCCCUUACGGAAGAAUUGAAGAAUCUUGAAAGAAUUCAUACAGACGUGACUCAACGUUUGCAAGAAGCUCAAAAUGAACUAGAGCUUUCAAAUGAGAAGCACACCAUUAUCAUAGAAAAGUAUAAAAAGGAUAUUAUUGAUAUGGUAAAUACACACACUGAAACAACAACAAAACUGGAAAAAGUAUUAGAGGAUGCCGCAGAUGAAUAUUUAGAAGAACUGGAAAGUGUUAAGAGGGCAAAAGAUAAAGAAAUAGAGGAAUUAAAGCAAGCUUCCGUUAAAAGGAUUGAAGAGGAAACUGAGCGGAUAACGAGGCAUGCUCAGAAAAUGAUUGAAAAAGCGGAGGCUGAUAAACGAGAUACACUAAUAGCAUGUCGCACUAAGAGCAAGGAACAGGUGAAAAAAAUGAUUACUGAAUGCGACGCGAAAGUAAGCAGAUUACACGUCAACGCCAUGGUGGAGGAGGCGCGAAAUACUGUAGAAGAGGAGAUGCGGCUUGCUAACGAGAAAUAUAAAACGUGCUUGCUUCGUAUGGAAGUAGAGCGUGCUGCAUUAGACGAAAAACUAGCGCAAAGAGAUGCUGAAAUCACCAAACUUUCCGUGACGCUCGAGGAGCUGAAAUCAUCCGUGGAAACACAGGCAAGUUUCAGUCAAAGUUUGCAAACUGAGUUGGAUAAAGCAGAAAGCGAUUUGGCGGAGAAGAAACAAGAAUUGAGAGCUUUGAAGGAUCACAUUAGAACAGAAGCGGCCGAAAUGGUUGCUAGGAAGAAAAGAUUUGAGCUAAUUAUGGCUGAAAAUCAAGCAUCCGUUGCUGCGCUUACCAAUCGAUUGGCCCAAAGCAGCGUUGAAGUGGAAAGAUUACAGUAUGAAGUCAAACGUGGUGAAGAUUGUAUACGCGAACAUAAGGACCUGCUUGGUGCGAUGCGUGCCAACUCGCAAUUGGUGCACGAACAGGUUCAGUCUUUCAUGAAAGAGUUGGAUACUCACAGAGAUCUAGUAGAUCAGCAUCAGUCUGGCAAUUUAUCUCAAUUCGACUCGAUAAAAUCUAUCUUUGAGGCAAAAAUCGAGAAUCUAAAACAGAAUGCCGCAAAGGAAAUUGCAAGACUUGAGGAUGACGCCAAACUGAAAACUAUAUUAAAUAAUGAGCUGAGAACACAACUUGAGGAAAUGUCGAAAAGUAUCCAUGAGGCGCAGAGUGCAUUACUCACAUUAGAGCAACAAAAUGACGAAAGAGAGAUCGACAUUUCACGAAUGGAGAUAACAAAUAACAAACUUUUGGAUCAGUUAGAGAGUAGCGAGGAAGCGUUAAAAGAAAGUAAACAAUUACUUGAAGAUCAAGCGAGACAACAUAAAAUUAUUGUAGACGAAGUAAAUUCUCGAAUAGAAAAGCUUACCGAAAAAGCUGUGCAAUUCGAAGAAACAGAAAAAACUGCAAAGGAAACCACUUUAUUAUUGGAGCAAGAACGAAUUAAAUGGAAAUCUUCGGAAAAUGAACUUAGGCAGCAGCUUAAUGAGGAAAGAACACGUCGAGAACAAGCUGACGAAGAGAUCAAGAAAUUAGUAACACUGAAUGAGAUUAUUACGAAGGAUUACAAAGAAAUUGUUGAAAAAUAUGCUGACGUAAUCGGUCAUCAGAAUCCUAAGCAAAGAAUUAAACAUGUUAUUCAGCUAAAAGAUAAGAACUACGAGUUGGAACAGGAAUUACUAGCCAAGACCAGAUUAGUGGAGCAACAACAAAAGACCAUAGAAAAGUUGAAAUCAGAGGAGAAGCGAUCUCAGUGGAAAGGCAAGGAAAAUGUAGGAAUGGUACAUUCAACCCCUAUUUCUUCUCCACAUAAAACAUUGACGCCAUUAAGGGAUCGAAACGAUUAAUCUCAAGCAAUAGUUCAAUAGCUUGUCUUCUUAAGUUAUUAGUCUAGAUUACAAAAUAUUCGAAUCGACUCGUACUCGAAUAAUUUCCUAAGAAAAACGGUUGCCGCGAUAAUUAAUAUUAAUAUUAAUAUUAUCUGGCUCGUUAAAAGGAAAUAUCUUCUAAGAUAUAUAUAUUUUUUUAUAAAAAAGUUACAAAAUUUAUUGUUAGUACCGUUAAUUAUGCAUUUCAAGAAUGAAGAUAAAACAGAUGUAUCAUCAACAGCACGUUAUUAUAAAAAAAUAUUGUAUCUUACAUUUUAUGUAAUUUUUAUGGCAACAUGACAUGAAAUAUAUUUUAUGCACAGCCAUUUGUAUGCACGGGCUAUUAAUAUAUAUAAAAAGUGAAAAAGA